AUGGUGUUUGUAAAAUUAUUUCACGUUUUUCCAAUUGUAUUUUUAUUUAUAAUAUGCAUUUCCAAAAUAUCCAAAGCGUCACGGGCUGAAUUUGUAACAUGCGGCACAAUGUUAAAGAUAAUGAACACGGAUUUGCGUCUUCGUCUUCACUCGCACGAUGUCAAAUACGGCUCCGGUUCUGGCCAGCAGUCGAUUACAGCUGUGGAUGUAAGUGAUGAUCAUAACAGUCAUUGGCUAGUGCGACCAGCUAUGGGUGAAACUUGUAAAAGAGGGUCUCCAAUUAAAUGUAAUACCAACAUCCGGCUUCAGCAUGUAGCAACAAAGAAGAAUCUACAUUCACAUUACUUCUCAUCGCCACUAUCAGGAAAUCAGGAAGUGUCAGCAUAUGGUGAUGAUGGUGGAGAGGGUGACAGUGGUGACAACUGGACUGUUGUGUGCAACAAUGACUACUGGAGAAGAGAUACUCCAGUUAAAUUAAAACAUAUUGACACAGCAGCGUAUCUGGCUGGGUCAGGCAGAACAUUUGGCCGCCCGAUCAGUGGUCAAGGAGAAAUAGUUGGUGUUACAUCUCAAUAUGGGGCAUACACUGACUGGCAAGCAAUGGAAGGAUUAUUUGUACAUCCCAGUGAUCUAUUACCACACCAAGCAGCAAUACAUACUGAAUUAUAG